GAUGAUGACUAUCUUUAAUCAUUGGCCUACGAUAGACAUCAAAGGGAUACUGAUGUACCGAGAUGCUUUGCUGAGCAAAGCAGUGUUGAUUUCAGAAAUAACUUUGGUUAUUCCUGACUGAUAAGUGGUUUAAACAAUGGUUUGCUCUGCCUGGCAGAAUGAUAGGCAAGGAGUCCUCUGGCUCUUCAAAAGACACCGCUUUGCACCAGCACAGACACCAUCACUGAUAUGUGGACACGACGGGGAGAACGGCUUCCAGGUUUGAUAUCUACAGGAAAGUUCCAAAAGAUCUUACACAGCCCACGUACACGGGAGCUUUCAUUUCCGUCUGCUGCUGCUUGUUCAUGCUGUUUCUCUUCCUGUCCGAGCUAACUGGUUUUAUUACCACAGAAAUUGUCAAUGAAUUGUAUGUGGAUGAUCCUGAUAAAGAGAGCGGGGGGAAAAUCGAAGUAAAACUGAACAUCAGUUUGCCAAGCCUUCCCUGCGAUGUGGUUGGACUCGACAUUCAAGAUGAAAUGGGAAGACAUGAAGUUGGUCAUAUUGAUAAUUCCAUGAAAGUUCCUCUGAACAAUGGUCUGGGCUGCAGGUUUGAGGGAAAGUUCAACAUUAACAAGGUUCCAGGUAAUUUCCAUGUCUCCACCCACAGUGCUACAGCACAACCGGACAAUCCAGAUAUGACUCAUACAAUUAACAAGCUGACAUUUGGCGACAGAAUAGAGGUCAAAAAUGUUCACGGAGCAUUCAAUGCCUUAGGCGGAGCUGAUAAACUUAGUUCAAAUCCUCUUGCAUCACACGACUAUGUAUUGAAGAUAGUCCCCACGGUAUAUGAAGAUAUAAAACAGACACAGCGCUUUUCCUAUCAGUAUACAGUAGCGCAUAAGGAAUAUGUAGCGUACAGCCACACAGGACGGAUUAUCCCUGCGAUCUGGUUCCGAUACGACCUCAGUCCAAUUACUGUGAAAUAUGUUGAGCGGCAACCACCUUUGUACAGAUUUAUUACAACGAUCUGUGCGAUCAUCGGAGGAACGUUUACAGUUGCUGGGAUCAUAGAUUCCUGCAUUUUUACAGCUUCUGAAGCUUGGAAGAAGAUACAAUUGGGCAAAUUACACUAGCAGUCGCAUGCGUGUGUGUUCACUGUCCAGUCUGAUCUAAACUCCCUUAAACUAAAUUCACACAAUUCUUAUUUAUGCCAAAUUUAUUACCAGCUAAGGCCAUUCAAUGUUUAACUAUCUUGGGCAAUAUUUUUCAACUCUGGUCCUUGCCAAGGAAUUUGAAACUUUUUAAAAAAAAAACGUUGGCUUGAUUAUUCAAUUGAUGAAUAUUUUUGAAUGAAAACUAUUAAACUUUACGACUUGUACCUUUUCUGGUAUUGGCAUUUAUUCACGUAAAUGGUGGGCAUUUCAAAAUGAGCCUGAAUGGUUGAAAGAAUUGUUUGAGAAACACAAUUUACCUUGUCUGGCCUUGAUAAAGAUUUUUAAGUAUUGGAAACACUGGACAAUGAAUAGAAACCCAUUUUUACAUGCUUUUGGUUAAGUUCGAUAUGACUGACAGUUUUGAUAUUUUUCUAGUUUACUAUAAGAUCACUCGAUAUAAAUUAAAUUGUCACCAUGACCUUUUACCAAACCGGGAUAGCAUGGGAAUGAUUAGCUGUAAGGCAGACUCCGCAAAUCGAAUCCAGGUUUUGACAAGACGUAAAUGUUAACUUGUAAAAUUUGUAGGUCUUAAACACCAGAAGUUUUAUUGUACAGUAUUACAAGAUUUGCUGCAUUGUCUUUCACGUGUAAUGUUAGUUCAAAGGCAAACUCUGAUAUCCCUUUCAGAACAGUUAUUAAACAAUUAUGUUUUUGAAGCCUAUAAAGUAAUCCAAAAAUCCCCAAAAACUAUCAGAGUCCUGAGGACCACAUGUAAUGGAGAUUUGGUGUAACAGACAGAGAACAUUAUUUUUAACACUCCCAAGGGCUGUAUUACGUACGACAGCAAAAUGUGUUACACCACUGUUAGAAUUACCUACCGCCACUUCAACCUCAUUCGUUCUGUUCAGAGACUAGCGGUCUUCCUGUUGACAUCCUUAGCAAAGGUCAAACCAAUCCAAUGCUGACUCGGAAUAAAACAGAUUGUUCUGAUGUCUCUAAAGUUCUUUGCUGAAGGCAGUAGAUCUUUUCAGUGCAAAAGUAAACACCAGUGAAAGUUAUUCCCCUCAAACCAUUGGUACAAAUGCAUUGACAUUCAAACAUUCUGUGUAUCUUUACUGAGUACAAUAAUAAAUUGUACUUCUAUUAUAAGUUGCUUAGCAAUGAAAGCAACUUUCGGUUGCUAACAUUUGAGUUUGUAGCAAAGACAAAUAUGAUGUAGGAUGACGUGUGUAUAAAAAAGACAGUUCGAGAAAACUAAAGGAAAAAGCAGUCCACACAAGUGUAUUUUUGUAAAUGUGAAGCUUUUGAAAGUGAGUAUGAAUUGGUAGUGAAUUAUCUAAUGCAUGCUUCAUGAAGGUGCCAAAUAUUUUGCCUCAUUUUAUUAAAUAAUACAUUUAAGGCUAUAUUCAGGCAUAAUAUUUCAGUGUUCAUUUCCCCAGAAUUAUGAAGCAACUGUUUUAACAAAUGUUUAACUGGAAACUGAAAGUCCAGAAAGCUGUUGUCCUGAAUUGUUUCUGUUCUCUGCGUGAUACACAGAAAGUGUAUAACAGAGGCUAAUUUCACCUUUUCUAGCUUUUGGUUUUUCAGCGACCAAAACAUUUGACCAACUUUAUUUUUAAAACGUAAGAUUUUCCACAUUUCCAUUACGAUGUCAACUUGUACCGUUCACAUCAGUGCGGCAACAACCACAUCAAAUGGUAAUUGUGAAAUCGUGGCUAAAGUUAAAAAUAAUGUUUUUGUAAUGUUGAGUAGUUGAUCACAGUAUCCAGUUUUAGAAUGACAGCAACAUUGACAGUUCUUGCCUUAUUUCUCACCCUUUUGGAGUUGAAAAGUGGUACUUGUUUAGCGACAGUUUUAGCUGCUGUUUAAUGUUUGCCUGUUUUUUAGUUGCCGUGUACACUGAAGGAGUACUUGUGAAACGUACUGUACCGAGGCAAUCGCAGCUGGUGAAUCCGGAACCCUGCCACUUUCAAUCAAUAAAAACCUGCACAUGUUUGUAUUACCACUGUGGCUCAGUAUUAGCAAGACUUCCAAUUUGUUACCUGUGGCAUAAUUCCCUUGAAUACGUUGUAAUUGAAGGAACACUGUAGUAGUGUAAGAGAUCAGGGAGCUAAAAGCUGUUCCAACAUGUAUCCAGACAAUCUUUUCUAUGCAAAUAAAUCCUUGCUGGGUGGGACUCGCAAUUCCUGAUGGUAAAUUUAGUGAAAGUCCCUUGUAUUGUGUUCUAUGUCCAAAUCCUCUGAUAAUACAUGGCCAACGGGAUGCUUUGACGUCGAUACAAAGUCAGUUUGAAAUAUCACAGUAUUGAAUCUUCCAGUGCCUGAAAAUGACUUUGACGUCUACAAAGAUCAAAAGAAUAGUGUUCCCGGGUGUGUGCAUGGACAUAUUGUGUCACAUAUUGUGAAGGAACCCAACCCUUGGAUAGAGAUGGGUGCACUGCAACACAAUGAAGUAAAUAGCCUUGUAAAUGCAACGUGUACCGCAUAGAAAAACAAGGGAAAUUCUGUUUCGUUCCCAAUAGAGUUUAUGGAUACGUGCUUUUAUUUGGAAAGUGGUAAUCAAAGGUAGAUAAUUGGGUGGGUGAUGGGUGUUGGUGCUGUCAGACUAUUAAUUUUUAUACAAAUAUCAGAGAUGGAGCAGACUUUAUUUUAUUACAUCCAACCUGAACCCAGAGACUGUGAGUUGUGCUUUGUGUACGGAGGAAUCCUGGCAGAUCUAGCAAAUCUUUGCCACAUCGAGCAGUGCAUCUCUUUUAACUGUUUUAGUGAGCGAAUGCUCAGAGAGCAAGCUGAUCCGGUUGAAACUAGGUUUGAGUAUCUGAAGAGAGUUGGAAACAUUGGGUGAUGGAAACUUGGGGAUCUCUGCAAGACACUUUUAAGAGUAUGAAUUGUCCUGAUUGUUUUUAAAGUAUAAAAGAAUUAAAAAUAAUUAAAUAGUCAUGAGAUCAAAA